AUGCAAAAAGUUUUCCAACUCUUAGAACAAUACAAUCAAGAUUUUCUACUAGAGUAUUUUAAAAAGUGUCCAUCAUUUGAUUUUAAUAAUUUAAAUGUUAACGAUUUAGAACAUUAUUUACAAAAUUUGAACAAAUUCAAAAAUGAAGAUAAAGAAAAGAAAGAAUAUUUAAUAUCUCCACCUGAACUUAUUGAUGUUGAUAGUAUUUAUAAUUGUAAUAAACCACCAAAUGGAAGUAUAUUUAUUAAUACAUACAAAAAAGAAAAUUUAUGUAAUGAGUUAAAAGAAAUAGGUAUAGAGAUUAUUAGAAAAAAUGAAGUUUCUGUUUUAUUCUUAGCUGGAGGAUUAGGAUCUCGCCUUGGAUUAAAUAAUCCUAAAGGUUUAUUAGAAGUUACUCCUUUGAUGAAUAAAACGUUUUUACAAUAUUUUUUUGAGCAAAUUAUAUUUUUACAGGAAUAUUGUUCACUCUAUGAAAAACACGAAUAUCUUAAUAAAAUGAAUGAGUACCAUACAUUAAACAAAAAUGAUAAUAUUAAAAAGGGCAUAAAUAAUAAUAUACAUAAUAAUAAUAAUAUUAAUGAUAUUUAUAAUGAUAAUAUAAGUGAACAUAACAGAUCAUCUAUUAUAAAUGUAAACGAUAUAAAAGCCUCAAAAUUUAAAAAAUAUAAUAUAAAUUUGGAUAUACAUGAAUUUAAAAAUCAAGAAAAAAAAAAACCAAUCAUUUACAUUUAUAUUAUGACCUCAAAUUUUACCCAUGAUAAUAUAGUGAAAUAUUUACAAAAUAAUAAUUUUUUUGGUUUGAAAAAGGAACAAGUAAUAUUUUUUAAACAGUGUGAUAAUUUUUCAACAGAUUUGAAUUAUAAUUUACUUUUAUCAAGUCCAGAAGUCUUUUUAGAAAAUCCUGGAGGAAAUGGAUGUAUUUUUAAAGCUUUAGAUAGAUAUAAUAUAAUUGAUCAUAUGAUAAAAGAAAAUAUUAAAUAUAUUCAAAUUGUAAGUAUUGAUAAUAUAUUAAAUAAAAUAGCAGACCCAAUACUAAUAGGAUUUUGCUCAUUCUUCAAUUGCGAUAUAGCUAAUAAAUCCGUCCAAAAGAAAGAUAAUGAAUCGAUGGGUGUUUUUUGUUUAAAAGAAAAAGUAAAAAAUAAAAUAAAAAAAUAUAAUCAAAGAAAUAAAGACAGUAUAUUUAAAAAUGAUAAUACAUUUUCUGUAUGUGAAUAUACUGAAUUAAAUGAUUCCAUUUUAAAUAAUAAAGAAUUAUUUAAAUAUGGGAAUAUAUGUCAUCAUAUAAUUACACUAGAUUUUUUAAAACACAUUGUAAAAAAUAAAAUAUAUAAUAAAUUAAAAUUACAUAAAAUAAUAAGGAAAAAAGAUUAUGUUGAUAUUAAAUCGUUAAUUAAGGAUAAUAAUGAACACCUAAUUAAUUCUACAGUUUUUUGUUAUGAAUAUUUCAUUUUUGAUAUUUUUAAAUAUGCUCGUAAUAUCUUAUCCAUAGAAGUUAAUAGGCAUAAGGAAUUUUAUCCAAUAAAAAAUAAAAAUAACGACUACGGAAUAUUAAAUGCCCAAAAAGCAUUAAGUAAUUUACAUAAAUCUUGGCUGCAAUAUAAAAAUAUUAAUAUUAUUGAUAAUAAAAAUGAAGAAAAAAAUUUCUGUGAAAUAUCUCCGCUUGUUUCUUAUGAUGGAACAUUCUUUUUUGACUUACCACAACAGAAGGAUAUAAAUCUUCCAUAUAUUUUGGAAAGAAAUAUUAAUUCAUAA